CCGAGUGAAUAAAAUUCGUCCUCUUGGGAAAGCUAAGCUAACCGGUGAAGCUGUUUGAGCUAAACUGAGCGGUGCGACCUGUCAAACUGUCAACAUGUCUGUUUAACAUUUAAAGAUAAGGCUUACAGAAACGCUGUCUCUCAUCACUCUGUUCAUGUAGACCAGAGUCACACCAGUGUCUUAAUCAUUUUCUUAAUCAUGCACUAAUUAAAGUGGAAAGCUCAGGGGGUUUUUCCUGAAGAAAAAGAAAGAGAAACGAGGAAAGAAUGAAAUACAGAGAAAGGAAAGAAAUGAGGAAUUAAGAAAGGAAGAAAACCAAAGAAGGAAGAUCAGGGAAAGAACAGAUUACAGCAAGAUCAUUGAGAGAGAGAGAGAGAUUUUAAGGAAGGAAAAGAAAGAAGUAAAUAAGGAAAGAAAGAAUUAUGGAAGGAAGGAAAGAGAAAAGAAAAAUGUUACAGAAGAGUGAGAGAGUAAAAGGAAGAAAGAGAAAUGUGGAAAAAAGAUGGAUGGAAGGAAAGAAGAAAGAGGAAGACAGAAAAAUGAAAUAGGAAUGAAGUAAGAAAGAUAACCAAAGAAGGAGAGAGAGAGAGAGAGAGAGAAAGAUUUUAAUAUGGGGGGGGGGACUAAAUAAGGAAAGAAAGAAUUAUGGAAGUAAGACGAAGACAGAAGGAAGGAAAGAGAAAAUAAAAAUGUUACAGAAGAGAGAGAGAGAGAGUAAAAGGAGAAAGAGAAAUGGGGGGGGGGGGGAUGGAUGGAUGGAUGGAUGGAUGGAAAGAAGGAAGGAAGAAAGAGGAAGACCGAAAAACAAAAAAGGAAGUAGAAGAAAGAGAAAUGAAGGAGAAAAGAAAGCACUGCAGAAGAAAGAGAAAAAGGGAAGAAUGAGGAGGACAGAAAAGAGAAAAAGAUUCAAGAAAGAGCUAAAGAAGAAAGGAAGAGAAAAAGAAAGAGCUUCAGAAGAAAGAAAUGAAGGAGAAAAGAAAGUGUGUGUGUGAGAGAGAGUCAGCGAUGCUGACGCUGGCGAGUAAGCUGAAGAAGGAGGAGGGCGUGCGAGCGAGUGGAACGGCGUCCGGCUCCAGCGACGCCCCACACAGAGUGUCCAUACGAGACCGACUUCUUAUUAAAGAAGUUGCAGACCUUGAGGCAAAUCUUCCUAAUAGCUGUAAGGUCCUGUUUCCUGAUGUGAACAAGCUCCAUCACUUUCAGCUCACCAUUUCUCCAGAUGAAGGAUAUUAUCAGGGAGGAAAGUUUCAAUUUGAAAUAGAUGUUCCUGAAGCCUAUAACAUGGUGCCUCCUAAAGUUAAGUGCUUGACGAGAAUAUGGCACCCAAACAUUGCCGAGACGGGGGAGAUCUGUCUGAGCUUACUGCGCGAACAUUCGAUCGACGGCACGGGGUGGGCUCCGACGCGCACGUUAAAGGAUGUGGUAUGGGGAUUGAAUUCGCUGUUUACUGAUCUUCUGAACUUUGACGAUCCACUGAACAUAGAUGCUGCGGAGCACCAUUUACGGGACAAGGACGACUUCAGGUGCAAAGUGCAGGACUUCAUCAAGAGCUAUGCAAGAUGAUGCACCGUACGCCGUACGCGCCGCCGCUCACGGUUACGCCCCGAGACCCGCCGAGCUGAAAAAUCCCGCAGCAUUUACACAACGGGAAGACGAGCGAAGGAUUCCGUGGAUCUCGAAUCUUCAGCAUGAACUGAGGGGUGGGGGUGGGGGUGGUUGAUGUGGGAGGGUAUUUGGGAUUCCUUUUUUUCCUUUUUAAAUUAUCGCUCAGGGCUGAUUUGCGGAAGCCCACAAUCGCUGCCACUGCUGGUUCUGCGUCAUCCACAGCUCACGAAAAGAGAAGAAAAAAUAUGAUGGUGGUGGUGAUAAUGAUGAUGAUAAUAAAAUGGUUCAAGCCGAUUGUAAAAAGAUAAGCGCUCUGUGUUCCCUCACGUGAUCUCGCGCUACUAAUAACAGCCCGCACGCGCCCAUUUCUUUCUUCCUCGUUAUUUUAUGUCAUUACUGACGUCCAGCAGUAAUUUCCACGACUGAUGCUAAUUUUUACAAGGAAACAUACAGUAUGCUACACCAAGUCUGGAGUCUACACUUUGCUUGAUCUGUGCAUGAUAAAUAAAGCCACGAUCCCCAGUUCCCAGAUCCCUCUGCCUUGAGUAAAGAGACUAUUUCAACUCCGCCACGUGUAUUUUAUUCCUGUCAGAUUCAGGAUCUGUGGGGGUUUUAAAUUUGA